AUGUAGUUUCGAAAAGUAUUCGAUAUUCUUAUUUCGAUUUUGGCUAAGUUACAAAUUAAUUUCUAACUAUCCAAAAAGUUCUAUAGAAUAUAAACUCGAUUUAAUUGAGGUUAAAAAUUGAAUAUUGUUGUAAUAGUUGUAUUAUUAGUGAAGUAAAUUUAUAAUUAAAAAUGGAAACAAAUUCGAUACAAACGAUUAAAGAGGAACCCAUGGAUGUUGAUGAAGAUAAUUGGGAAACAGAAUAUCAAGAUAAUGGGGAAACGAAUUCAAACGAUAUUUUAAAAUGUCAUAAAACAUUUAUCGGUAUCGAAUAUCCCGGAGUAGUUAAAAAUGUUGAUAAGAUGUUACAAACACUUGGAGGAAUUCAAUCAGUUUCAGAAGUAUUUAGUUCCGAAGUUCCCAGGAGAUUAGAAUUAAAUUUUCGACCAAGUGACAUUUACUCUAAACCAACAUGUGGAGAUAAGGAGCAGACUUUGGGUAUAUUAUUAAAAGUAAGAAUAAAACGUCGGAGAAAGAAAGUAACGAAAUCAGAAAAACCACCACCUACAGAAAAUUCCGUAGUUUCAAUGGAUGUUUUAGGACUAUGUCAUCAGGUUUUCAGAUUCGAUUAUUUUACUGACUUCCAAUACUUACCAGUUCAUAAUGACUCCGGUGUUUUAAAAAAUGUUUACGAUAGUAUUAUACCGAAUGGAUUUCCUGAUGGAUCAUGGCUUGAGAAAAAUGAUAUGCCAUACUUUUUUCCUCCUCCAUCAUUUAGUCGUAUCGAUACAACUGAAGGGUAUAAAUACUCAAUUUCAAAAAAAGAUUCAAACUUAGAACGUAAUAUUAUUGGACGAACACGUCAACCUCGAUCUGGGUAUACAAAAUUAUGUACAUUCCAAGACACCGAAAUUCCUGAAAAACCAUUCAAAGGUGCAUAUAACGUACUACGAAUAAAAAUGGUGGGAGAACAUAAUUUAAAUAUUUUGAAAAAGUUGUUCGAAGAAAGGCCUAUAUGGCCUCGAAACGGUAUAUUGGCGAGAACAGGCUUUACAAAUGAUCAUUGUAAACAUAUUUUACCAGCAGUGGCGUACUAUUUUGUAAAUGGUCCAUGGCGUACCAUGUGGGUUCGCUAUGGAUAUAAUCCACGGAAAGAACCUUCAUCACGUAUUUAUCAAACUUUAGAUUUUCGAGUUAAAGUAGGACCAGCAGCAGCAUCUAAACGUACAAACAUUGCAUCCAAGGCAUCACAUAUUGUCCGAAAGAAAACAGUACUGUUGGAUAAAACAGUUUCACUAAAACGAUCUGUAAUAAAAAAGAGAAGAGCAUUUAAAAAUUAUAUAUUUAAACCUGGAAGUUUACCCGAGACAAGGCAAAUGUUUUAUGCAUUUUGUGAUUUACAUGUUCCUGAAAUUCAAGCAAUGGUUGCACGGUUACCAGAACUAGGUCCAGAUGCAGUUUGCAACGAACGUACCGGAUGGUUGCCAGCUGGUUUUGAUGAACGAUGUCGGGAAAUUUUACAUGAAUUGAUUCGCAAAGAGUUAAAAAAGAGAGCCGAUACUGAAUUAGUGAUUGACGAUGAUGAAGAUGAAGAGGAUGGAGAAUGGGAAGCCGAUAGUGGUGCAGCUUCUGAUUCUGAUUGACAUUUUUACUAAAAACUAUUUUCGCAUGAUAGUUGUACAAUAGUUUUAUGUAUUUUUGCUAAAAUUUUAUUAAUAGAAUUUAUAGAUUCUCUAAAAAGUUUCAUUUUUUUAA